AUGCUCGAACCGCUCUACCUCAACUCAGACUGCUGUACCUCAACUCAAUUUGCUGAAACAGAGGAUAUGGAAGUUCAGUUAAGGAUAAAUGUGUCUGAAGCGGGAAAAUGUCUUUGCUGUGCUGAAAUGAAAACUAUCAGUCAUGUGCUCACCGCUCAGCCUCACGACAAGACGGAGGAGAAGCAUAACCCCAAUUCUCAUGAGCGUCUCGGACGAAUAGAUACACCCAAAUCGUGGUCCGAUCUUCCUUUAGAUCUCUUGAAUUUAGUUUUCAAACUCCUCAGCUUUGCUAAUUUCCAGCGAGCUAAAUCCGUAUGUUCAUCUUGGCACUCCGCUUCAAGACAAUGCGUGCCCAGAAGCAAGCAUAUCCACUGGCUGAUUCUCUUCCCCGAAGAUAACAACGACAACAACAGCAAUUACUCUUGCAUGUUGUUCAAUCCCGAGGAAAAAGACAAGCUUUACCGAAUGCAAGAUCUGGGUUUGGAAUUUGCAAAGAGUUAUUGUAUUGCAACCUAUGGAAUCCUGAAGAAGAGAUGCAAGGUGAAAGGGGGAGCACUGAUCAAGAGGAGGAUGAGGAGGAACAUCAUGGUUCCACGGCUAUUUCGCGUGACAAGUCACAACGGAAAGGUACAAAGAGGCUUUAACAUUAGAUGCCCUGUGUUUUGGGUUGAUGACAAAACCAAAGACUAUGUUGUCUUCUGGGGGCUUCGAGAUUUGUGUGUGGUUUAUUCCAAGAAAGGAGAUACCUCGUGGAAUCAAAUCCCGGAAACUUCAGAUUGUCGUAACAUGGUUUACAAGGAUUCCAUGCUUUACAUGAUAAGCUUAUUCUAUGGUUCUGUCAUAAUCUUCGAUUUCUCUGGAGAGGUUCCACAGAAAAAGUUUAACCGCUUUCUUGCUUUUAGAGCUGAGAAGUAUGGUAUCUUUCGAACUUCACUUGUAGUCACAGUAACCGGAGAUGUCCUCACGGUUGAAAAAAUAUGGAGACAAAGGUUUAGUGGGAGACCAAUAAAAUGGGCACAAGGGUCCUUCCGGGUUGUCAAGGUUUGUUCAUCAGGAUUCGAGAAGAAAUACGAAGUGAUUCAUUCUCUGGGCGACGAGUCAAUGCUUUUGGAUCAAGGCAUCACUGUGCCCGCCGAUGACAAUGAUGGAUUCAUUAGAAACUCCAUCUACUCCAGUGCUAGUACUAGUGGAGAGAACACAGAGAAGAUCCUUCUUUCUAAUAUCGAGACAGGGCAGACAGAGCCGUUUAGUUCUCUAGAGCUCAGAUAUUGUCAGAUUUGUAGUGUUGGGUUGAAAACUAUUUGUCAUGUACUGCUCUUUGGAUCAUUGGAUGCACAGUCGCAAUGUCCUGAAAAUGGCUUCUCAUUGAAUUCUCUAGAGACCGCUCUACCUCAGCUCAAUUUGCUGAAACAGAGGACAUGGAAGUUAAGAAUCCACGGAACAGAAACAAAAACAUAA